CCCGGAGUCAUAUUACACCUAAAUUCAGCAUUGUCACUCUUCUCAGAACGCAUCUUUCCUUGUGUGUGGGGCCCUUUGUCGAAUGAGAGGAGGCAGUGCGCCUUCAAGGUCAAAGCGCACAACAAGGAGAAACUGAAGGCUGGCAACGUGAAUGGCUCCGUUCAGGUCUGCGAGAACUCGCACUGCUGUGUGGGCUACUUCCUCGUUGUCAAUGGUCAGCUGGAGGUUGACACUCUUUCUUGCGAUAUCUUUGAAAAGUCGUGCCCCGAUGCCACCUGCAAGGCGCAGCACCGCUUCAACAACAAGCUGGUCAAGUGUGUGUGCAACACGGACCUGUGUAACCUCAACGUCACCUGGGGUGUGUCACCGCAGGAGCCGAGGCCCUCCAGCUCCAUGGGCAAAACUCGGCUCAUGGUAGUUUUCUCUAUGCUGGUCGUGUGCCUGCUGCUGAUGGCGGCGGUGCAGCGGAGAUGUCUCUCGCAACAUAAAGAGGAGACUGCCCAGGCGAGCCUUUUAAUCGCACCAGUGAGUCCCUCCCAAACGUCCCAGAUUGACAUCACUGAUGUUCAACUGCAACAAAUUGUGGCCCGUGGGCGUUUUGCCACGGUAUGGCGAGGAACAUACCAAGGCUCUAUGGUGGCUGUGAAAGUCUUCCCCGCCGGCGCGCAGCAUGUGUUCACUUCCGAGAAGGAAGUCUAUGGGCUCCCACUGAUGAGGCACGCCAGGAUCAUCCACUUUCUCGGUACCGGGAGAAGGUCGCAAGAUAACAGCUGGCUUCUUUUCCUGCAAUUUGCAGAACAUGGCUCUUUGCACUCCUUUCUGGGCCUGAACACCUGCAGCUGGCCGUUGUCACUCAAGUUGUGCCUGUCUUUAGCACAGGGACUCUCCUAUCUCCACACCAAUCUGCACACGCAAGAGGGCCACAAACCGCCUGUGGCCCACAGAGACCUCAGCAGCUUCAACGUGCUUGUCCGGGCAGAUGGCACUUGUGCAUUGUGUGAUUUUGGAAGCUCCAUCAUCACGUGUUCAUGCCCAGGCCAUCGCCAAAUGGGAAAGCUAACGGGUCACAGUCAGGCAGCAUGCACCCUGUGCUAUGUGGCCCCUGAGAUCCUGGAUGGUUGUGUCAGCCUCUUCAGCAGCUGCUUUCUGCACGGGGACGUUUACGCUUUGGGUUUGCUUCUGUGGGAGAUCUGCAUGCGCUGCUCUGACUUGUUUGAAGACGGCACCGUGCCACAACACCACCUCCCGUAUGAGCGUGAACUGGGAAGCCACAUGAGUCAGGAGAGACUCAUUGUCUAUGUGUCUCACAUGGGAAAAAGACCCUCCAUCCCUGAGCAUUGGCAUCAGCUGAGACAGGGACCGCUGCUCCAGGAUCUGCUGACCGAAUGCUGGGACAUGGACCCGGAUGCCCGUCUGACUGCUCAUUGUGCCGUGGACAGAUUAGUCUUUCUUCAGUCCAAUUCUUUAGUAUGACAUUCGUUUCACAGCUUGUCUAGAAGAGUCUUGGAAAAACCUUUACGCGUGUUUCAGCAGUUCUGUGGUGUCUUAAAUAUCAGUUACUAAAUAUUAUUCAUUAAGAAAUGGUUUUGGCAUCGUUUUGCAACACAGCUCCACAUUCAUUAUCUUAUCCUCACUUUCACUGUAUCCGCACCAUUCAGUGAUGACCUUUUUAAAGUAUGUGUAUAUUUUUUCAAAAAUCAAUCAGGUAAAAAGAUGUGAACGGAGGAAAAUCUCCCCAUUUUGUUUGUUGACAUGUAUACAAAAUAAAAAAAAUUAACCAA